AUGAUCCAAACGCAAGCAGUCAAUCACGCUAUCCUUACCUUUCAACCAAUUCCUUCGAUUCCGCUUCUGCAGCAGUAUAGUUUCUCGGUCCCUUACCUUGAUGCCUACAGCUCAAUUUGUUUUCGAGUGAGGGCAAGAAUCCGUGGGGCAGCGAUUUUUCUUUUGGUUGUUCUUGUGGCGUCGUCUCUGGGCGGCGCCUUCGGAGUCCGAUAUUGCCGAAGGACAGUGUGGACCGCAGCUCUGCCGCAGAAGGGGAAGAUGUUGUUUCCGACCAGAAUGCCGAUUCCGCCAUCCGGCCCCGAGGAAGCGAGAUUGUGGCACUCCAGUCAGCCAUCUUGGUCUCACUCAUAUUGGAGAUCAGAGACAGAAAGCGGGCUGACCUCUAAAAAGAGGUUCCUGCUCCAUAAACGCUUUCCUCCAAUGAACAGACGAACCGAAUCCUUUCUCGAUGGGAAAGCUUGACCUUACUUCAAUAGUAUAUGGGUAUCAACCGGCUAACUCUACGUAUAAAUGGCUGCUGUUAGAAUAGCUACUCUUUGAGCAGUCAUCCAGGAUGAUAGUGUUCCGACAACCAAGGCAUGGCAGUCAUACGGCUAGCGAGAUAGUUCAAAUCACUUAAUCCCUCUUUCAUAGCCACAUUCCUUUCAAUAAAGCCUUAAAAAGUGCGCUUAGUGAUCAAUAAAUCAUAUCUAGGGAGUUCGACUAGUGACCGAUAGCGAGAUAAAGGGAAAGAAGUCGACUACGAAAAAGGAAUCAAUAGAAGCACAGGGCAAAGAAGCAGCACUCCCCUAGCAUCGCGCUAUGCCCUAGCUUGUUGAGGAGCGCGCUUAAACAGCUCUGUCUUUUCUUAUUGAAUUUCUCCUUUCAUUCCAUCUGCUGCUCCUUCUGUAACCGCUUUUUUGCCCACUUCUCUUCCUUUUAUAUUAUUUAUUAAGGUCGCAAUAUCGGUUGUUAGAGAAGGGAUUGCCCUAAAGGUGAACUUGGUCUUCGAUUUCUUGUAUGAUCAUUUUGGAACAAGGGAUGCGGUUAGUUGAACCGAUUUCAAAGGCGAAGACGACAUCUUAAGCUCCUCAUUCCCCAUCGUUGUAGGUACAAAACGUCCUAGAGAAUUGAACUUAUGGGAGUACUCGGUGACUCUCAUGUCAUUGGUUUGCUUGAGGUUAUCAAAUUCACCUAUGCGGUUAAGUCUAACCGUAUCCGGUUAAUAAUAAGUUAGGAAAACUCUCCUAAAGUCACUCCAAGUAGUCGGCUUUGGCAAUGAUGGCUCUACACCCUUCCACCAUGUCUCGGCAUCUCCGGUCAAGAAUAAGACUAUAAGUUCACACUUAAACUCCUCGGGGAUUAACAACACUCUUAAGUUCUUCUCGACAUCAGCUAACCACUUCUAAGCUACGUGAGUGCGGAACAUGCUCUCUUCUUGAUCUCAUCAGCAUAGACCGUUGAGGCGGUCUGGGUUCUACCCAUUGGUUGACUCCUCUGUUGACCAUGCCACUCUCUUUCAGAGCCUAUUGGUAAGCGCUACGUCCAGUAUCAGGCUCGGAAUCACUUGGCCCCUGCUGCCUAGAAGUGGCCGAACAAAAGGAGAUCAGAGAUCAGUACGGAAGCCGCCGGAUUACUUUCUUAUUUUAGAGCGAAAGGAGUACCUUCUUUAUUGGCCUAUUACCAAAAGGAGGGUUGUCUUAUCACUAAGACUAAUAGACUAAUAAUAGACUCUUCUUAUCCGUUUUGGUUGUAGCUCAACCGUACUGAGCGAAGGUGCGAAUCCUACUUCUAAUAGAGUGGAUUGAGGUAAUGAGCUCUCAUGUAGUUCAGAAAGAGGUUAAAGAAAAGACCUUAAAGCAAUGGCUUCGGCUGAAGUAACUGAUCCAAGAGUAGACAAUAAGCUCUUCGGUAAGCAGAAGCAUUGCAUAACGUAGGUUGGAAUGUCUUGAAUUACUGCCUUGAUCAAGAUUUCUUUGCCAGAGGAAGAUCGAAUCUUCUCUUUCCAUCCUUGCAAUUUUAUCCAUAUACGAUCUUUUACAAAAGUGAAAAAAA